AUGUCACAGAUUCUUGCUGAAUAUUACAUCUCAGGAUCAAAUGUGCUCCUUCCAACCCUUGUUGCAGAGCUUGACCUUCCAGCAGCCUCCGCAAUAUGGCCUUCUACCGCGUUAUCACUGGUAGUCACCUCGACGCUUCUCAUCUUCGGCCGAAUGACCGACAUGUUCGGCGGAUAUCUCAUCUACACCGCCGGGGCACUAUGGCUUACAAUAUCAUCGAUCCUCUGCGGUGUGUCUCAAACAUGGCUAAUGCUGGUCAUCUGCCGAGCAUUGCAAGGCUUUGGCCUUGCCGCUUUCCUUCCAUCAGGAAUCAUGGUGCUCGGUAGUACAUAUCGACCCGGACCCAGAAAGAACAUAGUCUUCAGUAUCUAUGGCGCUUGCGCAGCACUGGGAUUCUUCGUUGGAAUUUUCUUCUCCGGCCUCUGUGGUGAAUAUCUCACCUGGAGAUGGUAUUUCUUCUUCGGUGCGAUUCUAUCCGCCAUCACUACGGCCCUAGCGUCCUUCUCCAUCCCGCGGGACUACCACGAGAAGAGAAAAAUUGGCAUCAAGAUGGAUUGGGCUGGUGCAUGUCUAUCGGUUCCUGCGGCUGUCCUGAUCGUCUUUCCCAUUGCAGACAGUUCGUAUGCACCUCAAGGAUGGAAAACGCCAUACAUCCCACUGUUCCUUGCACUUGGGCUUAUUUUCCUUGGGGCGAUGGUUUAUGUUGAGGGGUGGGUGGUUGAAAACCCAUUGUUGCCUGGUGAUAUUUUCCAUGUCAAGUACAUGACUCCGCUGGUUAUAGCCUUGCUAUUCCUAUAUGGGACGCUGGGAAUCUUUAUGCUCUAUGCAGUGCUUUACAUGUCCGACAUAAUGGGUGCCUCCCCAAUGCAAAUCGUGGCAUGGUGUGCCCCUAUGGGUGUUGGCGGGCUAAUAUUGUCCGUCGGUGGAGGAAUGAUAUUCCACAAAGUACCAGGAACAAUUCUCAUGAUGAUCUCAUGUCUCGGCUAUGUGGGAUCUGGAUUGUUCUUCGCCGUCAUCCCGCCCGGCGGAAACUACUGGGCCUUUGUGUUCCCUUCAAUGCUAUGUGGUACGAUCGGGAUUGAUAUCAGCUUCAACUUGGCCAAUGUCUUCAUCACGACAAACUUGCCCAAGGCGCGACAGGGUCUGGCUGGUGCGUUGAUCAACUGUACGUUACACAUGGGAAUUGCUGUGAUGUUGGGCUUCGCAGAUAUCACACAGACUCAGACGGAAGAACUGGGGACUCGGAAGAGUUACAAAGCGGUUUUCUGGUACCAGACCGGACUGGCAAUUCUGGGGCUGCUCAUCGUGGUCUUCUUUGUGAGAAUCCGUGAGGCGAAGAGUGAGAUGACCAUUGACGAGAGAGAAGCAAUGGCAGCCGAGGAAAACGGAAGAGUCGGCGACACCUCAUCAAUUUAA